AUGGCUCUCCACCUCCCUCUAUCCCUUGCAGCUCUCAACAAGUUCCUUCUUUCUGCCAAGUUGACCGAAUCUGAUUCUCUUUCUCUCUCUCUCUCUCUCUCUCUCUCUCUCUCCCCACUUCUAUCUCCCCCUCCUUCUUUCUUAUUUCUUUCAUCUAUCUAUCUAUCUAUCUAUCUAUCUAUCUAUCUAUCUAUCUAUCUAUCUCCCAUUUUCAUUAUCACCUUUUCUCUCUCUCUCGCUCUCUUUAUAUAUAUAUAUAUAUAUAUAUAUAUAUAUAUAUAUAUAUAUAUAUAUCCCAUUCUUUUCAUUAUCUAUCUAUCUAUCUAUCUAUCUCCCAUUUUCAUUAUCACCUUUUUUUCUCUCUCGCUCUCUUUAUAUAUAUAUAUAUAUAUAUAUAUAUAUAUAUAUAUAUAUAUAUAUAUAUAUAUAUAUAUAUACCCCAUUCUUUUUCAUUAUCUAUCUAUCUAUCUAUCUAAUUAUUUUCUUUAUCUAUCUAUCUAUCUAUCUAUCUAUCUAUCUAUCUAUCUAUCUAUCUAUUUUCUUUUCUCUAUCUAUCUAUCUAUCUAUCUAUCUAUCUAUCUAUCUAUCUAUCUAUUUAUUUAUUUAUUUAUUUAG